AUGACAUAUGUAUCAAACAUUUCAGAAAGUAUUUCCAAGCUAAUAAGAAUCAAAACUGAUGACGUCGAAUUAGCAUUUAAGCCACAAAAUAAAGUCAGCAAAUUUUUCACGAAACUGAAAGAUAAAAAGAAUAUUUUGGAGUCUAAAAAUGUUAUUUACAAGAUUCCUUGCGAAUGUGGAUCAUGUUACAUUGGACAAACAACACAAACACUAAAGAAAAGAGUUUCACAACACAAAACAACUGUUAGCACGUUUGACAAAUUGUUCUCAGUUCCGAGAAGUAAGGCAGAGUUGUUAAUCGAAGCAAUCAGUAAGUCGGCGUUAGUAAAACAUGUGUCUGAAACCAAUCAUCGUUUUGAUUUUGAUGCUGUUGAAGUUUUGGAUUCUGCAAAUUUGAAAUUGUUGUAA